AUGGCAACCACAGGGACAAAUACGGUCAAAAAACCGUACGGCUGUGACUACGUCGGUUGUACUGUGCGUUUCUCAUCUUUGGGCAGUCGCAAACGUCACGAGAACGUGCACAAGGGACUUAAACCAUUCGCCUGUAGCCACGGUGACUGUGACACACGCUUCACCACAACGUCGGGUCUCAAACGUCACGAAGCUCGCCACGCCAGAGGCCCUGGAUCGUUUUUCUGCGAUGGGACGGGUUGUGACAAGCGGUUCUUGACCGCCCGCAAACUCGAGGUGCACAAGCGCACACACUGCAAGUCAGCGGAUGAGCUGCAUCCGUGUGAGUAUCCGGGGUGUGGUAGGAGUUUUACCUUGAGGUAUCUUCGAACGCACAUGCGUGUCCACGAUGGACGCAAGCCAUACGUCUGUGAUUACGAGGAUUGUGGUCGAUAUUUCUCACGGUCAAACAACCUGGAAGUGCACAAACGCACACAUACGGGCGACAAACCCUACAAGUGUGACUUUAUGGGCUGUGACAAGCGAUUCUCACAGGCUGAGAAUUGUCAGGCUCACUCAUACACACACACCGGGGAACAGCCGUUUGUGUGUGACGUACCUGACUGUGGGAAACGCUUCACCCACGGCAGCAAUCUCAUACGGCACCAGCGACUACAUAACAGUGAUAGGCAGUAUGUGUGCGAGUUCAUAGAUUGUGGGAAAGUAUGUGUCUCUGCAGCUCACCGUAAACGCCAUAGACUGACACACAUGCAUGAUAUGAAGUUCAGAUGCACGUAUUCGGGAUGUACGUUUUCGAGCAAGAAGAAGAACGACCUUUCUAGGCACAAGUACACACAUUUGAACGAACGUUUCCUGUGCGAGUAUGACGGCUGCGACAAGGACUUCGGAGCACCUCACCUCCUAAAAGAACACGUGAAACGCUGCCACGAUUCAUCUUCCACGGGCGACGAAUCAACUACAUGCGGUGGUUAUUUAUUCGUGCAAACAUGA